GUCAAGUCACCUUGUCAGUUGCUGUUCUACAGAGUUGUUUACUCUAUAAUAUAGGAUCAAGUUUUUCUCCAAGUCCAAAACUCGAUUUAGUGAAACAAUGUACAUCACAAGGAGUUUCUCAGAGUACCGGAGGAAUCCAGCAGAGCUAACACAGCCUCCUCCUGAGGGUCCAAAUUCUGGAAUUUUGGUAAUCCAAGACCAACACUCACGGACACGGGCUACAUCUUGCUUCGGCUCGUGGUUGGUUGUGGACUCUUCUCUAAGUGGUUUGCCAUUGCCCCAAAAUCUUAAGCUAGCAGUCACAUUCAAUAUUGGAGGUGAUGACAGCACUCGUGACCCAGUUGUGUUCAUUCCUGUUCUUGAUAAGCCUCUAUCUUCAAACUGUUAUUACGCUAUUAAACGGCAUGGGAAGCAUUCAGGGGAAGCGUCUGGAAGUGCAAAAGAGGACGAUAUAGUCUCCUGCUGCUUUUGCUCUAGUUUUGUUCCUGAAGCCAAACCAAAACAGUUAGAUCCUUUUGACAUGUACCAACAAUUCAAGAUCCAUCAAAAGGAGCCUUCCUCGCGUUGUUACUACGCAACAUCUGUCGCUCCUGACGGGGUCCCACCAUGGUUUCUGAGGAAAAAAGAGUGGACGGUUGAAUACUCGAGGUUCCAAGACUUUGAACUGAGAGAUGAUGCAAAAGGACUCAUCACAGAGCUUCGUACUGAGCUUCCUCUUCUUGGUAUGAGCACUGUGGUUGGGAAGUGGUAUGUCCCUUUCAUAUUCGUGAAAGAAAGAGAGGUAAAGGAUCAGAUCAAGAAUUCGAUGUAUUACAGCAUGACUCUUGAACAAAGAUGGAAAGAGCUUUUUUCUGAUGAGAACGACAAAAGCGAGAACCGUGAUGUUGUCGUUGAUGUAGAAGUAGAAACAGAAGUUGUUAAGCUUGAGGGACAAAUGAUUGAAAGAGGUCUGGAAGCAAAUGGGUUUGUCUGGUUUGGGGUUGGAGACAAAAAGAUCGGUUUAGGAUCAGUUGUUGUUGAGAGGAUGAAAUGGGAAGAAGAGAGAUUCGGGUGGACAGGCAAAGGCGACAAUGAGCGAUCAAUGACAGUUAAGAGAUUGGAGAAAUCAACAGAUGGUAGCCUUUGGAAGCAUUAUCAUUGUUAUGUUCUGAUAGAGAGCUUUGUCUUGAAGAGAAUGGAUGAGAGUUUGGUCUUAACAUAUGAGUUUACACAUGUAGAUAAGCUCAAAACCAAAUGGGAUUAAGCUUAUCACGC